GGAGAACCGGCGAAAUAAGUGUUGCUGAUGUUUUUGCUUCCGUCGUUUCUCUACUAAUGUCUAUGAUAAAGUGCCUUUGAUAGUAUCCACUCAGACCCUGAGAGGCAGACUGUCAGAGUCUGAGGCCACCAUGUCUUCGUUCUCCCAGAAGGGCUCCCCUCGCUGCCAGGCUGGCCCAGGGACAGAGGAGGUGGCUGGGGCCCGGCAGCAGAGGAUGACCCUCCCAUUCGCCAUGUCCCUGGGCCACGUAGACCCAGAGGCACUGAGAGCCAGGCUGAUCUCAGCAGCCCCGGGCCAGGCACAACGCAACCCUGACGCCCUGGUCUUCACCCACACCACCAAGGGCCAGGAACGCAGGAGGGCAGGGCAGAGACCCGUACCGCUGGAGAUACUGCCGGUGCUGAAGAAGUACCAGGACCACAAGCAGCCAGAGUUCAUCCGCAGGCAGAACCGGGAGAGGCUGAUCCAGUCGGGCUUGAAGCCGCACUCGCCCUCCCUUGCUGGGGUAGAGUGGAUGGACAUGGCCCCUGACAGACAGAGCUCCACCCUCCACCUCCCUGAGCUGCCUGACCACGUCAAGGAGAAACAGGCUCAUAUGACCCAGAGGACCCUGUGUUCCCCCUCUCCCCCCAAACGCCCUCGCUCCUCCAAGUCCACAAAGCCCUUCCCCUUCCUCCACUCCCCCUCCCCUCUCCCAGCCAGUCACUCCCUCAUCUUCAGCUCGGCAGAGGAAGUGAUCCGUGCCAAAAUACGCUCCCCGCCGGACAUCGUCAGAAUCAUCCGGAACAACCCUCACCUGGGCUUCCUGUACAUGACUUCUGCCACACCCAAGAGCUCCAUCAAAUAUGAUGCUUAUAACCUCAAGAUAGUGACGUAUGAGAACAUCAACAAGCAGGACUACUCUACGAUCAGCCAGCAGGGUGUGACCUGCAUCUCUGAUGCAGAGAUGGACUUCCUGCCGUUAGAGCGCUGGGAGCAUGAGUACAGAUGCCAUCGCCGCCUCCUGGCCAUCCCGGCCUUCGCCCUCUUCAGGAGGUGGAAGGCCUUCAGAGUGUGGAGGACCAACGUCCGCUCCAAGAAGAUCAACACGUGCAAGAAGUCCCUGCAGGAGCGCCUGUUCAUCGUCAACGAGUCUCUGCGUCCGGCGUUGCUAGACAUCAGAGAGAUGUGCUAUAGGAUCAGUGAUAUGGGGCUGUGUCGCAUCGAGAAAGAUCACACGUACACUCUGGAGGAGUUCCAGGAGGCACAGUACAGACAGCUGAAGGAGGUAUCUUCUCGUCUGGAAGAGUUCAGGGAGCUGGUAAAGGAGGUGGCCAGGAGCGCCUGUUACACGGCCAUGCUGGAGGCAGGAUACACACCUGACUAUAGCUAUGACACUGAGGGAACAGAGAGUAAGCAGUCACCUGAGAUUGAGCUGCUGUUUGAAGAGGCUCCAGAGAAGAUGAGUUACACAGAACAGGCCAACAAGAGAUACCACUGUAGACGCCUCACCUGUUUCAUCCGGUUGGCUGACUACCUGAUGGUGAACACCAUGCACAUCCUGGCUGUGAACUCUGUGGCCAAACUACUGGCCGUCCUGCAGGAUCAGAUUCAACACACCCCUACACACGCUGUCAUCCACAGCUGGGCCGACACCGAUGCUGCUAAUGCUGAUGCUGAUGCUGAUGCUAAUGCUGAUGCUAAUGCUGAUGCUAAUGCUGAUGCUAAUGCUGAUGCUGUUGCUACUGCAGCUGGAGACGGAGGUGGAGCCGCCGCUGCCACAGAGGACUUAGACAAGAAGGCUGCAGAGCCCACAGUGGAGGUGGUUCAUCUUCUGCCCAUGUUUGUGUCAGAGCUGAUGCUGGAGACGCACGCUCUGACCUACGAACCCUCCGUAGACGUCUUCCAGGAGUGUGUGUCAGAGAUCAUCUCUAGGUUCCAGGAGACAGUGUUGUCAUUAGUUGUGCUGGUGACUGACUCCUACUUUGAUGCCUUCACUCAGCCCACGAUCAACAGUAAGGUAGAGGAGAAGACGUGUGGUGACGGCCCCGGUCUGGAGUCCAUGUUAGAGAAUGAUAAACAUCUCCUGAACAUCAUCCUCCACAUCAAGCAAUCGCUCCAGUUUGCGUUUGACUCGGCCAGCGUGUACGCGCGCACCUUUGAGAGGUUCCGCGUCUUCUACAGAGAGAAUGAGAGUCUGGACCUGGACGCGCUCAGAGAUCAAGAUCACGGAGUGGCGUUCUUCGCUGAGAGUCUGGAGAAGUACCACGGGCAACAUGAAGAGGCCCUGGCCAUCAAACAGAAGAGACACCUGGGCAUGCUGCUGGUAGACACCACCCUGCUCAAAGGGAAACUCACCCCCUCACCACUACGCUGUCUGGAGGCGAUCAAUGACAUGCUCCCCCUGCUGGCCAAGAGAAAGAUCGACGGCAUCAUCGCUGAGGCUCAGGACGCCCAGUUCAAAUUGGAGUUCAUCCCCUCUGCAACCACAGAGUUUGUCAACUCCCUCACCUUCCUAGAGGAGAUACAGGAGAGGAUCGAGUCAUUGGAUGAGCAGACAGAGACCGUGUCCCAGAUGUACAAGCUGAUAGACUCCUACUCCGUUCCCACCCCUCCUGAGGACUUUGCAGUCUACGCCACCCUGAAAACCUCCGUCACCGCAGUACGCAACGCCAUCGACAAGGCCGUGGGAGAGAGGGACGCCAACGUGGACAAGUUCUGUGUCCACCUCCAACGGGACAUCACCGACCUCAACAAGGAGGUCAAGAGGGUCAAACAGCAGGCACAGAACAAUCAGAUCAUGGACAUCACCGCUGAGCGUCCCAAGGUCCGUCUGCUGCUGGAGGAGGUCCAGAUCUCCAUAGACGAGCUGCAGACCCAGGCCUUCCAGUACAAGUCUUUCCAGAAGAACUUCAAGGUGGAGGUGACUAAGUAUGAGGCGUUAGAGGAGCUGAGUGCGGAGGUGAAACUGAAACGGCUGCUGUGGGACUCUCUGGAGGAGUGGGACGCCCUGCAGGCUGGCUGGAUGGAGUGUAAGUUUGAGGAGUUGGACCCAGAGACUCUGAGUGCCCAGGUCAAUAAGUAUGCCAAGUAUGUUAACCAGCUGGAGAAAGGCCUGCCACCCAACAGUGUGGUGCCACGACUCAAAGAGCACGUUGAGGGCGUGAGGGGGAAGCUCCCAGUGAUCACAGACCUGCGUAACCCGUGUCUGAAGAGCAGACACUGGGAGAUUCUGGAGGCCAUCAUAGAGGCCAGGCUCCAGGAGGAACCUCAAACUCUGGCCUCUCUAGAGGAACUCAACAUCUUCAGCUACGGCGUGGAGAUACAGGAGGUAUCAGGACAGGCUUCAGGAGAGGCGUCACUGGAGACCAUCCUUAAAAAGGUUGAGGAUUCCUGGAAGACCACAGAGUUGACGGUUCUCUCCCACCGGGAGUCUAAAGACCUGUUCAUCCUGGGAGGAACUGAUGACAUUCAGGUGCUGCUGGAUGACAGUACCAUCAACAUGGCCACGGUGGCGUCCUCUCGCUACGUCGGCCCCAUCCAGACCAGAGUAGACGACUGGCAGAGGCAGCUAAACCUCUUCAGCCAGACACUGGAAGAGUGGUUGACGUGUCAGCGUAACUGGCUGUACCUGGAGAGUAUCUUCAGUGCACCAGACAUCCAGAGACAGCUUCCUGCUGAAGCCAAGAUGUUCCUCCAGGUGGACAAGUCCUGGAAGGAGAUUAUGAGGAAGGUCAACAGGCUUCCCAACGCUCUGAGGGCUGCUACACAGCCAGGUCUGCUGGAGAUCUUCCAGAACAACAAUGCCCUGCUAGACCAGAUCCAGAAGUGUCUGGAGGCCUACCUGGAGUCCAAGAGAGUCAUCUUCCCCAGGUUCUACUUCCUGUCCAACGAUGAGCUUCUGGAGAUCUUGGCUCAGACCAGGAACCCCCAGGCCGUUCAGCCCCAUCUCAGGAAGUGUUUUGAUGCUAUCGCCCGCCUGGAGUUUGCCCUGCUGCCCUCCGCCCCCGACGCCAAGACAACGCAGCCUGCAGACGGAGAGCAGGAGAAGGUCUACAGCAACGACAUUCUGGCCAUGGUCUCACCUGAGGGAGAGAAGGUUGGCCUGGCUAAAGGUCUGAAGGCGCGUGGGAACGUAGAGGACUGGCUGGGUAAAGUAGAGGAGGCCAUGUUCUCUUCCCUUCGCCGCCUCAGCAAGGCCUCCAUCGCUGACUACCAGAGCAAAGACCGAAAGGAGUGGGUGGUGGCUGGACACCCCUCACAGGUGGUGUUAACCAUCAGUCAGUUGAUGUGGUGCAGAGACCUGGACGGCUGUCUGGAGGGAGACCAUGACCACUUCAUGGCCCUGCAGGACUUUGAAUAUGUCAACAUUGAUAGGCUGAAUGCCCUAGCAGCCUUGGUUCGAGGCCAACUCCCCAACCUGCACCGUAACAUCAUCACAGCUCUCAUCACCGUAGACGUGCACGCCAGGGACAUUGUCACAGACCUCGUGGCCCGGAAGGUUGACUCAGGCAGUAACUUUGAGUGGCAGAGACAGCUGCGUUACUACUGGGACUUGGACCUGGAUAACUGUGUUGCCAGGAUGGCUCUGUCCAUGUACAUCUAUGGAUAUGAAUACCUGGGGGCAUGCCCUCGCCUCGUCAUCACCCCACUCACGGAUCGUUGCUACCUGUGUCUGAUGGGGGCUCUUCAGUUAGACCUGGGUGGGGCUCCAGCAGGACCAGCUGGUACAGGGAAGACAGAGACCACUAAGGACCUGGCCAAGGCUCUGUCCAUCCAGUGUGUUGUCUUCAACUGUUCUGAUGGACUGGACUACAAGAUGAUGGGGAAGUUCUUCAGUGGUCUGGCCCAAUCAGGGGCCUGGUGCUGUUUUGAUGAGUUUAACCGCAUCGACAUUGAGGUGCUGUCUGUCAUCGCCCAGCAACUCAUCACUAUCCGCAAUGCCAAGCUGGCCAAGCUGUCUCGGUUCAUGUUUGAGGGCAGAGAGAUCAAGCUGGUGAUGACAUGUGCUGCCUUCAUCACUAUGAACCCAGGCUACGCAGGACGCACUGAGCUACCGGACAACCUCAAAGCCUUGUUCAGACCCAUAGCCAUGAUGGUGCCCAACUAUGCACUCAUCGCUGAGGUGAUCCUGUACUCUGAGGGUUUUGAGUCCAGUAAGACGCUGGCCCGUAAGAUGACCCAGAUGUACAAGCUGUGUUCUGAGCAGCUCUCCCAACAGGACCACUACGACUUUGGCAUGAGGGCCGUCAAGUCUGUCCUCGUCAUGGCAGGGUCUCUGAAAAGAGAGAACCCCCACCUGAGUGAAGACGUGGUUCUGAUCAGGGCUCUGAGAGACUCCAAUCUGCCCAAGUUCCUCACAGACGACGCGGCGCUCUUUGGUGGCAUCAUGUCUGACCUGUUCCCUGGCGUGUCCAUCCCUGAACAUGACUACGGUGUUCUCCAAACCACCAUCCUGGAGUCUCUAGUAAAACGCAACCUGCAGCCCCUACCCAGCAUGACCAACAAGGUGAUCCAGCUGUAUGAGACCAUGAUGGUACGUCACGGUGUGAUGUUGGUGGGUCCUACAGGAGGAGGGAAGACCACGGUCUACACCAUCCUGUCUGAUGCCUUAGAUACCCUGUGCCAGGCUGGCCACGGGAAACACAACCCCUUCUUCCUCCCUGUCAAGACAUACGUCCUCAACCCCAAGUCUGUCACCAUGGGAGAGCUCUACGGAGAGGUAUGCCUGGCUGACAAUGCAUCUGUGCACUGCGGUGUGUGUGUGUACCUGUUGGCGUUGUUUGAGCAGUACGUGGAGAAGGGUCUUCAGUUUGUGUGGAAGCGUUGUGUCCAGGCCAUGGGCCAGGUGGACAUCAGUAAGGUCACUACCCUCUGCUGCCUGCUGGAGGCGCUGCUGCUGGGAGAGGGAAGACCAGACCUCAAGAUGGAGCCUAAGCACCUGAACAGUGUGUUGUGUCAGACGUUUGUAUUCUGCUACCUGUGGUCUGUGGGGGGUAACCUGGCUGACAGCCACUGGGAUGCCUUCGACAGCUUCGUCAGACAACAGUUUGAAGACAAUAAUGAUGCCAAGCUGCCCAGCUCGGGGGACCUGUGGAGUGUGUUCAUGGACUUCAACCACAAGCGUCUGGAGCCGUGGGAGAGGAUCAUCCCCUCCUUUAAGUACAACAAGGAACUGCCCUUCUUUGAGAUGUUGGUUCCCACCACCGACACGGUGCGCUACGGCUAUCUGAUGGAGAAACUGUUGUCUGUAGGGCACUCUGUUCUCUUCACCGGCAUCACCGGAGUAGGAAAGUCUGUGGUGGCCCGUGGUCUUCUGAACAGUGUCCAGGAGAAGGGAGGCUACGUACCCGUCUACAUCAACUUCUCAGCCCAGACCACCUCAGCCAGAACACAGGAGAUGAUCGAGUCCAAACUGGAGAAGAAGAGGAAGAACAUUCUGGGUGCUCCUGGUAACAGAAAGAUAGUGAUCUUUGUGGAUGAUCUGAACAUGCCUAAGUUGGACACCUACGGCUCACAGCCCCCCAUCGAACUGCUCAGACAGUUCCAGGACUUCCACGGCUUCUAUGACCGAGAGAAGUUCUUCUGGAAGGAGAUCCAGGACAUGACGAUCGCGGCGGCCUGCGCUCCGCCAGGAGGGGGCCGUAACCCGGUGACCCCUCGUUUCAUCCGCCACUUCAGCAUGCUGUGUCUGCCCACCCCCUCCGAACACAGCCUCAAACAGAUCUUCAAUGCGAUCCUCAGUGGUUUCCUCAGUGAGUUCCCCCAGGCGGUGAGGUCUUCAGCAGGCAGCAUCGUAGACGCAGCAGUGGAGAUCUACCACCGCAUGUCUGUAGACCUCCUGCCUACACCAGCCAAGUCCCACUACGUCUUCAACCUCAGGGACCUCUCCAAGUGUGUCCAGGGUAUGUUGCAGUGUGAGCCAGGAACAGUGAGGGAUCAGACAGGGAUAUUCCGUCUGUUCUGUCACGAGUGUCAGAGAGUGUUCCACGACCGCCUCAUCAACAACGAAGACAAAACCUACUUCAACACCAUCGUCUCUGAGAUGGCCAGCAAAUAUUUUGGCUUCAAUUUAGAACCCAAUUACUUUGUGACCAAGCCCAUCAUAUUUGGAGAUUUCAUCAAG